AUGCCCCCCCGUGUGCGUCUCUCCAGCGGCCGCAUCGCCCAGCCGCUCCGACGCCAGACCGUCUGCCAAUAUGAACGCCCCAUCGCCGCAUCCUGGGCCAGGUCCGUAGCGACGGCCACGACUCCCGCCCCGUCGGUUGAGCAGAUGACCCACUCCGUGCCCCCGAUCGCCAGAUACCCUCCGUCGCAGCCGCCCUCGUACCGCAGGCCGGAAAACCGCCGGUCCCAGUUGUUGCGGCAGUACACCUCGCUGAUCCGGACGACGCCGCUGAUGCUCUUCCUGCAGCACGACAACCUCAAAUCCGUGGAAUGGGUCGCUAUCCGUCGGGAGCUGAGCCGGGCCCUGCGGAAGGUUGACGAGCAGAUCGCCGCCGAGGGCCGCAACGUCCCCGCGCUGGCGCCGCACGUCAAGAUCCAGAUCGUCCAGACGAGCAUCUUCGAGGUCGCCCUCCGCAUCGUCGAACACUUCCGCCCGACAGCCAAGGCCACGGAGCCCUCCGCCGUCGACCCCGCCACGCAGACCUCCGCCGAGGUGCCGCUCGCCGCGUCGCCCGAGGACCCCACGCUCACGCACGACCUCUCGCGCGCCGCCCACGACGCCGUCCUCCCCUUCAAGGGCCAUCACGAGCUCUCCAGCGUCCUCUUCGGCCCCGUCGCCGUGCUCUCCAUCCCCGAGGUCUCCCCCGAGCACCUCAAGGCCGCGCUGACGGUGCUGGCCCCGCGCGCCACGGGCUUCCCCGUGCCCACCCGCAAGGCCAACCCCAGCUGGCACGAGCUGCCCGUCCAGGACGGCCUCAACAAGCUGGCUCUGCUGGCCGCCCGCGUCGACGGCCGGGUCUUCGACCUCGAGCAGACCAAGUGGGUCGGCGGGAUCCAGGGCGGCAUGGACGGCCUGCGCUCGCAGCUCGUCACGGCCCUGCAGAGCAUGGGCUCUGGCCUCACGAACGCGCUGGACGGCGCGGGCAAGAGCCUUUACUUUACGCUUGAGAGCCGGAAGAACGUGCUCGAGGAGGAGCAGAAGGGUCCUGCUGAGGGCGGUGACAAGGCUGAUUCUUGA